AUGUUCUCUUUCGCCAAGACCCUCUCCAUCGCCGCAUUGGUAGCUACCGUCCUUCCUUCCGCCACCGCUUCGCCCACUCCCACCUUGGACACCCUCGACCCUAACCACGUCUGGGGCGUCGACCUCUCCAUCCCGUUUUGGUUGUGUUUCGAGGAUAACCUCGUCUUGAGCUCGGUCUGCAAGUGUGUGCCUUAUUACGGGAAGGUCGGUGGGAAGCGGGAUGUCAGCGAGGUUGUCCGGAGUAACGGGUUGGAGAAACGAACUCUUUGGAUCGAGAACAAGUGUGUGGUUCCAGCUAAAUACCGACCGGACAUCAUCGAAUGGCACGGAGGAUGUUGUGAGCAAGCCUGUGAGGCCUGGUGCGGAAACAAUUGUCUGAUGAAGGGAGAAGUCUGCGUCUCGGGAAAGCCCCAGAAGCCCGCUACUCAGACUGGUCACUACGAUCACUACGGUUCUCACGUUUGGAAGCGAGACACUGGUUGCGCUGCCGGCUCGGAAAAGUGCUUUGUCGGGGGAACCAUGAAGAACCCUCUCUAUGAAUGCGUCAAUACCAGUAGCGACCUCGAGCACUGUGGAGGUUGUGCUACCCCCGACCCCUUCGACUUUGGAAACGCCGCCAACAGCACCGCUCAGGACUGCACCGCUAUCAGUCACGCCGCUUCUGUUGGAUGCAAUGCCGGUCGAUGCACCGUUCGGUCUUGCGACCCUGGUUAUGUCGCUGUCAGCGAUGCCGCUGGCGACCGAUGCGUCCGAUCCCAGGUCGAAGCCAUCAAGCUCCAGAAGUACCGACUAUAG